UUUAUCUUUUCCCUUCGUCGUAAAUUCAAGCCGUUCAAGAAAGCAAUGGGUGACAGUUUUGUGGUAGUCUUUAAGGCCGGUGGUUACGCGGUGUAUGUUCUAUUUCUUUUGCUUGGUGCAUUUUUGUUGAAUCAACUAGACAGGUACGCUUUAGCUGUGUCAUCGCAGCCCAUGGCUCACGACAUUAAGUUUGGAGAUAAAGGAUGCCUGCCUUACAACUCUACCUUUUCAAAGGAUUACAAAAACUUUUGUGUCGAAAGCACGAAAAACAGGAAUGAGCCGGAGAAAAACCAAACCGAGUAAGUAUACCUAUAUCAUUAUUUUUUUAUUAUUUUACAGACCGGCGACUUUUGUUGUGUGAAACUAUGGCUCGUUUCCGGCUAGUGUCGGCUUAAACUGGUAAUUUCUUACUUCGACUUCAGAGUCACUUUCUGUGCCAAAAUCAAAUACAGUCAUUUUGACUUUGCUGUACAUAUUUUUUUUCAGAACAUUUUCUAGGAUUAGCUUUCAUUCAUUCAUUUCAUUCAUUCAUUCUUUAUUUGCCAUAUAUACAAAAUUUUACAUUGCAAGGUGCUAAAACUCGUAAAAAAUUACCAGACGCUGUCAAGCAUCUUUCAGCAACAAUAAUAAAAAAUCCUAACAUGAUUCCGAGGCUUUCUGGUCAUUUUUCUUUAUUUGGUUUGUAAAAUCAUACAGUUUUGUCUCUACAGCCCAGAGGGGGGAGGGGGGGGGGUACUCCGGAUUUCAAGUGACAGGAAUGGGGGCAAAAAUAAAAACAGAAAAAUAUCCCUAGGGUGUCAAACAAAUCCGAAAAAAUCCCUGGACCAAAAUUUAACCCCCAAAAAAUUCCAUGCCGUAUUUCCGAGCCAUAAAAAUUUCCAGAGGAACUACGCGGCCGGGAUACACGAGAACUAUCAAGAAUACUCAGAUUGUUUUGCAUAGCCCAAGCUAAAGCUUAAAUCAAGCUACCCAAAAAAAGCUUGUCAAAAUUUUCCUAUCCAAAAAAAUCCUUUGAUCAUCCCUGACACUUGAAAACCGGAGCAUCCCCCGGGCCCUAUAGCCUCAGGGUCAUGUUAGAAUUUUAAUAAAUGGAAGGUAGGCAUUAGACUGACGUCGUUAUUCAGGUUAUUGCCAUUAUUAUUUUUGUCUAUUUGAUCUACAAGUGGACAGCACGCCGUUAAUACUAACUUUUAUUACAAUACUAACCGUUUUUGAUUACGUGAAAUAUUCCCACGUUAUUGUUGAUCACUUCCACCCGACGGUGGGAGGUCUAGGCACUAGAUUACACUGUACUGCUAUGUUUAUCUUUAUUUUAAAAUAAUAUGCUUAGUUACUGACCUUUCUCUAAGCCCUCAAUUCCAUCCGAUCCAAUGACGAAAUUGUUAUCCAAACACGCUACCCAGUAGAAUGGGCAUCGCCCCUGAUUUUAGUCCAUAUUUAGCCUCUUGACUUCCUGUAUGUUACUUCAUUCAGUUCAUUCUAGUUGUUGAAAGUAGAGUAGAAUCUGCCAUGAAAAAACGGUGGCUGGAACUUCCCAGGGACGAAAACCAGCAGGCUCUAUUUGAUUCAGACGCCGAACUUUUCAUGUACUCGGCUGGGCUCGUUUGAACUGGGCCUUACAGGCCAUCUGCACGAUGACGUCAUUUUACUGCUUCUACUGCUACUACUACCACUACCACUACCACUAUCACUACCACUACCACUACUACUACCACUACUAACAGAAUCCGUCCCUACGGACCCGACGGGUAGGAGAGAGAAGCUGGGAACAAGGUUGGGUUUUGCUUUCUUAUGCAAAUUAGGGCUUUUGUUAACCUCAAAUUUAAAGUAUGAAAGCAAAAACGAAAUGAAUUCUGGUCUUCGUAGUAAAAACGACGUCAUCGUACCAUUAGGGAACUUAAGAACCACGACGACGACUUUGUCGACGACGACCGGAAGUGAGAUACCGUGCACUGCGCAAGCGCGGUUAACAAAUUUCGUCGUCGUGGUGUCGUCGACGACGCCAAACACAGUAGAAUCACGUCGUCCUGCAAUCCACAAGCUUCGGCAGGUAUAACUCCCUGUUUUUAAGCGAUUUUUCAAGGGCUUUGUAUUUUUUCACCUCGUAAAUCCAGGUAUCCUUUCUUUUUUCUCCUAACAAGCGAUGUUGAUUGAAAAUUUGACUGAUGAAUUGUGUUUACUUCGAAGACAACACUGAGCGGUGCAGGCCGAGCGAGCGAACUCGUAAGUGACAAAUUUAUUUGUACGUAUUUAGGUCGGGCAAAUCAUAUGUCUUUAAUAUAGAGGAAAUAAACUUCAUAUGGAAAACAGCUAUCGCAUCGGAAUGUCUCUUUUUCCAAAUCUAAACUAUGACAGACACUCGGACUCGGUCAUGUCAUUCAGGUUGAAAGUUGAAUAACCUUCGUACGGAAAGCAGAGAUUUUUCCACACGAAAAGGUCUGACAACACUAAAAAUUCUUCAUCGUCAAUGAAAGUAGACGUACGGCUUAUAAAAUAAGAUCUUUCAUCGUCUUAAAAGACGCCUUUGCGAAAAAAACUUCGUUGCGAACGAACAUCACAGUCUACAUGUUUGUUUACAUGCAGUGUCGUCGUCGUCGACCUAUCGAUCGACUGCAUCUUAAGUUUCCUUUUUCCCGCCAUAACUGACGUUCUCGUUCCAGUCCUUUCCCAGUCAACAGACGUCGUCGUCGUGAACUUCGUCGUGGUUCUUAAGUUCCCUAAUGGCCUAUUUACUAGGACAACGUAUAGCUAUGCAAAGCGAAAUAUUCUCUAUUUAUCUACUUAACUUUUUUUUUAGCUUAUUUCAAUUAUAUGCUUAAUACUCAUCAAUUUUAUGAUGCUUGUUAUAUUUUCGUCUAAAGUAAAACGUUUUGCUUAAAAUAUCUACAUAUAAACCAAAAAAUUGAUAUCAUUUUCUUUAAUUUUUAGAUGUGAAAGAAAAAAAUUUGAAAAUUCCUCCCAACAUGUGUGCAUUUGGGAUUAUGAUGGGACUGGAAGUCAGUAUCAGAUUCUUGCUGGUCCAGUUUUUAUUUUGGUAUUUAGCAUAAGCGGAAUUCCUCUUGGGUUUUGUGCAGGUGUUUUUCAUCGCAGAAAUCUCAUAGUCUUCUGUCUUUUACUAUGGAGUGCUAUGACACUACUCACUGGCUUUGCCACCAAAUAUUGGCACUUGGUUAUCACAAGAUUUAUUCUUGGAAUAGGGUAAGAAAAGCUUUCCUUUGCUUUAUCUUGGUACUUAGAUAUACCUUUGUGAUGUCCUCUUUGAAUGUGCAGGAAUUUUAGAAGGAUUCAUCUGCAUUUUAAGUUUAGGUCGUGGAUUUAUUGUCAUGUUCUCUUAUCAUAUUGAGUAGUAAGAGCAUUUCUCUGCAAAUAAGUAGUUUCUUGGCGAAUAGUUAUGACCGGAGAAGGUCAGAACCUCCAGUUGACUCUUCAGUAACUUAUUUCGUUAAUUUACUGAGGACGCACCCUUAUCAAUCGGGCGUCGGCCUGUGUUGCGGAGGUGACUUUUCUUUGUCAUUAGUGCAUAAUUUCAUUUAGCCUCUUCAUGUCACAUUGCCUAUAAUACUGUACACCUCUGUCCCGCUCCAAAAAUUUCUAUACACAUUAUAUCCAAUUUCUACCUGGGUAUUGAUGAUCAUGCAUUUUUUUGUUUUUGGGGAGUUGAAAUGGCAAGGCGUAUAUAUUGUGGGAAUCAAGAGAGAAUUAGAUCAUUCUCUCUUGUACUAAAUAAUAUUCCCUUUCAACACUAGUCUCUUACGAGCCCUUUUUUAGCGUCUCUUGACGAGACAAAUACGGUUGCCUUGGAGACUAGCGCAAUAAAAAACUAGCCCUUGAGAUAAGUGUUAAUUUCCUACAUACAAUAAGUGGCUGGCUGGUAUAUUUUUAAUAUUUUCUUCUUUUUUUGCACAUUUUAAAUAAAAAUCUUGAUGUAAUAAAGUUUCUGUGCCUAAAAGGUUAUCAGGGGCUGGUCUUUUCAGCCCUGCCGCCGUGUACGUUUUAACUUUAUUUACGUCACUGACGUCAUAACUUUACGAGGUAACCUUUAAAAGUGUUUUUUUUUUUCCAGGGAGGCCGGCUGUACCCCAUUUGCAACAAGUUUGAUCGCUGACUAUUUUCCAGAGGUGAGAACUAAAAGCCUAUCUUGAUAGACAUUUUAAUCUUGACACACAUACAAUCGUUCGCUUUUGGCAUAGAGUUUCUGGAAUUUUUUACUUUUCGUUCAAGUGCAAGAGAUGAUUGACAUUUUAUGCUCAAAAUGAUGCUGAAAAUCCAGACUCGUACCCAGUCGCUAUUUAAUUGUUUUUUGGGAUGAGAGCCGGAUGAGAGAAGAUUGGGGAUUAGGUUGAGGCGCGCGUGGGACGUCAUGGGAAGGGAUUCCUUCUUCCCUUCCCAUGAGACCCCGCGCGCGCCUCAACCUAAUCCCCAAUCUUCUCUCAUCCCAAAAAACCCUUAAAUAGCGACUGGGUACGAGUCUGCUGAAAAUCCACAACAACACGUUUGCUGGCUUUUUCCUAUUUUCCAAGAGGGCGGAUUCAGGAAAGAAUCCAUUUAGAGUAAGAGCCAGAAAAGAAAUCUACGUUUUGUACUUACGUUAAUAAGGAAAAUCUGUAUACCUUAUCCUGCCUGCAAGAAAUUAGUCCCCCUUACUUCACACAGGAGUUGAAUAACCCCAGCGUCAUCCGCCCGUCAAUCUUGUAGUCUCGCCAGGCUUUUUAAUUAGUGCGUUCAUGCGGUCAUAGAUGCAUUUCUUCAAAUGUAACUUUUCUUUUAUAUAGACGUUACGAGGAUCUGCUCUCGGUGUGUAUAAUUGGGGAAUAUAUAUCGGUUACAGCAUGGCAUAUGCAUUUGGUAACUUUAUAACACAGGCUGAUAUUGAUGGUAAAGGAUGGAGGUGGGUGUUUUGGAUUGCCGCCAUGCCUGGGUUUGUCCUUGGAAUCCUUAUGCUUUUUACGUUAAAAGAACCAGCAAGGAGUGAGAGAGGAGAUAUACAAAAACAGGUGUGUCACUUAGAUAAUUGCCCUUUUAAAAAUAUUCUUGCAGCUUAGUAUAGAUUAUGUAUGGACCAGAAUUCAGCAAGAGGCAUGGGUACUAGCCUCGCCUGCAGGUGAUUUUAGAGGAGUCGUAUAUUUCCUCCAUCUUCAGGGAGGGAGGAAAUACGGAUGGGAUCGUUUGCGUAGACAAGCCUUUCUUUAUAACUGGUUAAUGGUUGCCUUAAACACCAUCGACCAAUCAUAACUACCGUUUGUCCACCCAAGCGAACCCAGAAAUCGUUGCGCCGAUAGCUUGUACCCAUUCCCCCUAUUGUCUCUAUGGCCAGUACCUCACGUGACAGCCAUAAAUAGCUGAGACAGCUGUCUCGUGCCUGUUAGGUCGCCCCAGUUGUGAAGCCGUAGGUCAAAAGCAGAAACCAAAAGUCCAGCGUAAGUUGCCCUUUAUUGCCUAGAAGAGUGCAAAGCUUUCCUUUAAUUUAGCGCCAGACCAAGGAAUAUUUUUUUGUAAAGCAGUAGUGCCUCUUGCUGAAUUUUGCCGAAGAAACAUGUGAAGCUGAUCUCCUAAGCCAUUGCUACAAGUCUCGUGUAUGGUGAUGUUCAUUUCUUGUUUACUUCUUUUGAAGAAAGUUGCCAGCACCUACAUCUCCAGUCGACCAGAGCUACUGAAGCUGAAAUUAAUAUUACUCUGUGAGACAUUUAUGCGCCCCUCAUUGGUGAUCUUGUUUCUUGCUGGAUCCAUAAGGAAUGCUGGUGGUUAUGUCUGGGCCUAUAACACUCAACCCUACUUUAACAAAUACUACCCAAAUACCAAUGUUGGAGAAUACAUGAGCUGGAUUCCUCUGGUGGGUGGUAGCCUGGGCGUGGUUCUUGGAGGUUUUAUCUCCGACCGAAUUAUAAAGAACCGAGGAUCUUAUGCAAGAGUCUGGGUACUGGUAUUUAGCCAGGUAAGAAGUGUUUGAAAUAUAAUCUAAUUUGUCAAGUUGCAACUUCUCUAACACGUUCAAAAGGGUUGUUAAAGCUGGAACGUUUUAAAUUCCUUUAUUGUUAUCAUUAUUAUUCAAAACUGCAUGUAUGUAACGUACGUUUAGUUUUAGCUGUUAUCGGCUCUUUUUCACCAUCCUUGUUAUCCUUGUAGGUGCGGAAGGAUUGAUCACGAGACAAACGUCUUGUUACGUGGGUCUCUCACUGUUAGCCUGUGCCAGGCUCUCAGAUAGUAUAGUGCGGACGUGUUAAAACGAGCAAAGCGAAAAUAAGACGCGCACGACUUGGGAAAGGGGGCGGUGGCGCACAGUCUCUCCCCAGCCCUAGUGCGUUUUUCGAAUUUCUUUUAACUGAACGACUUUUCAACACUAUCUCGGAGCCUGGAACAGGUUACUCACUGUGGAAGUGGUUAACUAAAGCGGCCAAUACGUUGGUCAGGUCGACAAUGAAAAUCUUCAGGCAUCGUGAUCAGUUACGACUGUUCCAAGCAAACAACACCAUAUACAUGCCGACUAGCUCCAAGCCUAAUGGUGGGCGUGUUCUAUUAAAAUGCCCUGCCGCAUAAUACUUGAACAGAAGCUGACCUUAAAAUGAUGAAGUCUCCUGAAGAAAUGCUAUUUCAGGCGCUGGUGUACUCAAUACGCCUCUACGUUUUUUUGGUGUUCUACUUUUACCUGUUCGUUUCCUGAUUUUUAACUAGCUGGGGAUCUGUUUAAACUCGUUUUGUGUGUUAAAAUAGAUGUUCCUAUAAAGGAGAAACUGUAUUAACACCUUUGGUAUCGGAAAGGGGGAAAGCCCAAAAAUAAGGUAGCGCCAAAACGGAGCACUUAAUAAGACCCUCUAGGAAGGUUGCGUUCCCGCACUUGCCAUCCACCAGCACCAAUAGCAGUGUUGAGCUUCGAGUAUCAAUUAACCCGAUUACCCAUCGAUUCUCUCCCGAUGCGUGCGGCCGCCCGUACCAAGAAUUAGCGGUCGAAUUUCAUUCUAACCCAACAAAUAAAGAAUUUGUAAUAAAGUUGAGUAAGAACUGUGUACAAGACUGAGGUCGGGUUAGUUGUAACCAAAUUGUUAUGAUUUGUUUAUUUCUCCUCAGGUGAUCGCUGCCCCGUUUGCUGCCGGAGCACUGUUUCUCAAACCUCCAUAUGCUUUUAUCAGUCUUAUACCGUCCAACAUCAUUGGUGAAAUGUGGAUAGGAGUGACAUUAACUGUGGUAGUUGAACUUGUGCCAAACACCAUUCGUUCACCUGCGAUCGCUGGUUACCUAUUUAUAAUCUCUAUUAUCGGCGGUAACAUGCCAUUGCUAGUUCCUCCACUGAAGAGAUUAACUAGUCUGCGUACAGCGUUAUAUAUUCUUUUUCCUGGUUUGUACUUGCUUAGUUCAGUACUGUUCUUGUUGACUGUGUUUUCACUGAAGUGGGAUCUACGGCGUGUACAAGAGGAAGAGGAUGAGAUACGGCCAUUAUUACCGGAGAGAGCUACUUUUAAACGUCAAGGGAAACAGUGA